AUGGCCGGAGGUCCUGGUGCGUAUCCUGUUGCAUUUGCAACGCGGAUGCGCAUGAACCAUGAGGUUGUUACAUGGUUUGCUGGUAUCCUGAGUGGUCUCAUGGGCAUCUUCAUCAUCUUUCAUCUGAGCCGCCUGGUCGCGCAGAAGACUGGCCUUGCGUCAAAGCUUUCAGGUCCCGCAAAGCCCUUCGUCUUUGUGUCCAGAAUCGUCCGCAGAUUUUCGGUCCUCAAGUUCCCUGGCCUUCCAUCUGUUGGUCAUGCUUUUGUUGCCACCACCUAUAUCAUCGUCAACAUCGUUCUCCAACUUACCUAUCUCGAUACUUCGGUUCUGCCCUACAUCACGGUUAUUGCUGCUCGAGCUGGAUGGCUGGCCAUCGCCAACAUCGUCUUCGUCAUCUUCCUCAGCCUGAAGAAUACUCCCUUGGGCUACCUUACCGCCUGGUCCUACGAGCGCCUCAAUGUCCUUCAUCAGGUUGCAGGCUACGUUACGAUGGCCCUGAUUAUCGUACACGGUGCCACAUACUCCUCGUACUUCAUCCAGGCGAACAACGCUGCACGACUCCUAGUCCACGAGGAGAUCUACGGUAUCGCCGCCGGCUUUACCUUCCUCACCCUGGUCUUGGCUGGCGCAAUCGUGCGAUUCUGGUACUACGAGCUUUUCUACAUCCUCCACGUGUCUUUCUUCAUCAUUUCGAUGGUCCUGGCUGGACUUCACCAACCUGAGAUGACCAAGAAGAUGCUCAUUGCCACGGCCUUGGGCUCCGCUUUGUGGAUGUUCGAUCGUCUCAUCCGAGUUCUACGGGUCGUCUACUACAGCUUCAACAACACUGCGACUCUCUACCCUCUGCCCCACGGUGGCACUCGCGUUGUUCUCAAGAAGCCGCCUCUCCUUGCGAGCUCUGGCGAACACUGCUUCUUGUGGAUUCCUAAGAUCCGGGCCCUGGAGAUGCAUCCGUUCACUAUCGCGAACAUGGAUCCCCUCGAGUUCGUCAUCAACUCUUACGAUGGCUUCACUCGCGACCUCCACGAGUACGCAACCCGUAACCCCGGGACCACAGUCAAGGCCUCAGUGGAAGGUUCAUAUGGCACGUUCCCGAACCCGGCAGACUACGACAAGAUUGUCCUGGUUGCCGGUGGCAGCGGUGCGAGCUUCACUUUCGGCAUGGCCCUGAACCUUCUCAAGAGGAUUACUCAGGGAUCGAAGCAAAGCAUCGUGUUUGUUUGGAUGGUCAAGGAUCCUGCUCGUCUCGAAUGGUUCUCAAACUCCCUUGCCACGAUCCGUCACACCCUGAACUCAUCGGUUCAACUCUACGUCACUCGGAACCCUGGAAGUCAGACAUCUUCCCAGGAGAACGUGACUAAUGUGACAGAAAGAUCGCGUUCUGGCACCGUGUCCUCUGAGGCGUCAGGACCCUUCACGGUUUCGUCCGAGAAGCACGACGAGAAGCACGCCCCGCGACUCCCAUCAAAGGUUCUUACUCGAACAAUUUCGGACCCCGAAAAAUCCGGCAACGAGUCCGAACUCACCACCCCGACUUCUCCGGUUCAGCAGGUCGAGCUCGGUCCCAGCAUCCACGGCAUUCCUAUCAACUUUGGCCGUCCUGACGUCUCUAAGAUCAUCACGAAGGCUAUCGAGGAGACACCUGCCGACCAGCGUGUUCUUGUCAUGGGAUGUGGCCCGGAGACUUUGAUGACCCAGGUGCGCAACACUGCCGCCAUGCACAUCCGCCCAUCCGGCCCUGCUGUCGAGCUACACUGUGAGCAGUUUGGCUGGUAA